AAGAACAAUGGGAGAGAAGAUUGAGAAGAAGGUUGUGAUAAGAGAAUUCAAUGAAGAGAGAGACAUAGAAGUGGUGGGCAAACUUGAGAGAAGCUGUGAAAUAGGCUCCAAAAGAGGAGUCUCCAUUUUCACCAACAUGAUGGGUGACCCUCUUUGUAGGAUUAGAUUCUACCCACUUCAUAUUAUGUUGGGAAAAAAAAGCACACAAAAAUUCAUUGUCAUUCUAUAUAAAGGUGGAGGCAUUGUGUUGAUUUCUCAGGUGGCUGAGCUGCCGGAAAAUGGAGAGGUCGUGGGGGUGGUUCGAGGCUGCGUCAAGUCUGUGGGGACAGCCGGCGCCGGCGCCGGUUCCGGCGAGGCUCAUGCGACGAAGAUUGGUUGCAUAUUGGGCCUUCGUGUUUCGCCUGCACACAGGAGGUUGGGAAUUGGACUAAAGCUUGUGCACUCGGUAGAAGAAUGGGUAAUAAGAAAUGGAGCUCGUUAUGCCUUCCUAGCAAUAGAGAAGAAGAACAUAGCCUCCACAAACCUCUUCACUCGCAAAUGCAACUAUGUAAAAUUCAGCUCAUUGGUCAUAUUCAGACAGCCAAUUGUGUUCCCAACAAAAGACAUGUCUGGUGGGGAAAUAAAGAUAGAGAAACUGAACAUAGAGCAAGCCAUUUCAUUCUACAGAAACAGCCUCACAGCUAAAGGAGUAUAUCCAAUGGAUUUUGAUGUGAUCUUGAAGGAAAAACUGAGUCUUGGCACAUGGGUUUCAUACUUCAAUCAAGAAGAUUGGACCCAUUUGAUCUGUUCAGAAAAAGAUGCAGAGAUCUACCAGAGAAUGCCAAGUUCUUGGGUGGUGUUUAGCAUAUGGAACACCUGCAAGGCAUACAAGUUUCAGAUAAGGGAGUCAAAUAAUCCUCUCAGAUUCUUAAGAAAUGCAAGAAAAAAGUUCAUUUCCUGCUUCAAAAUGCCAGUCUCUGUGUCUUUUGGGAAGUCAUUUGGGUUUUUCUUCCUGUAUGGGAUAUUUGGGGAGGGUGAGAGAGUGGGGGAACUCGUGGAGUCGCUGUGGCUUUUCGCCUCGAGAUUGGCUGAAGACGAGAAGGAUUGCAAGGCCAUUGUCACCGAGUUAUCGGUUUCUGAUCCAAUCAUAAACCACGUCCCUAAAAAGCCAACCAUGUCUCAAAUCAAUGAUAACUGGUACCUGAAAAGGUUGAGUACACAGAGUGAUGAUAAGGAGGAAACCUUGUCGUCAAUGGAUGUGGAAGCAGCUGGGAAUGUGAUUGUGGACCCCAGAGACUUCUAG